AUGACCACGCCCACGAACCACGACACGCCCCACGACGUCAACGGACGCCCACGUCAAACGCCAACGGACGCCCACGUCAAUGGACCACGACCACGUCAACGGACGACGACCACGCCAGCGGACGAUGACCACGCCAGCGGACGACCACGUCAACGCACCACCACCUCAACGGACGACGACCACGCCAGCGGACGACCACGUCAACGCACCACCACCACGUCAAUGGACGAUGACCACGCCAACGGACACCCACGUCAACGCACGACGACGUGCCCCCGCCGAUGGGAAACCAAGGUGCCACGUCGCUGUCAGCGAUGUGGCAACCAAACGUCGUCGUUCGUCGUUCACACAAAGCCACCACGACAUCACACGACGACGACGAGUGCAUUGUCCCUCCCCCUUCCCUGUCCCUCCCUUCCUUUUCCUGCCCCUCUUCCCUGUCCCUCCCCAUUUCCAUGUACUCCCAUCCCCCUUCCCUGUCCCUCCCCAUUUCCAUGUACCCCCUUUUCCCUCCCCCCUUUCCUGUCUGUCCCUCCCCAUUUCCUUGUCCCUACCUCCUUCCCCCAUUUCAUUGUCUCUGCCCCCUUCCUUUUCCCUGCCCCCUUCCCUGUCCCUCCCCAUUUCCUUGUCCCUGCCCCUUAUCCAUCCCCUUCUUUAAUAUGCACUAGCAUGUGGGAGAGGGUAAAGUACUGCUAUUUAUGGUGGAUUGUGGUCUUAUUCAACUGGAAUCCACUGGAUUCCGCUGGAUUCCGCUGGAUUCCGCAGGACUCCGCUGGAUUCCACUGGAUUCCAGUCCCAUUCCUGCGGAUUCCACCGGAGUCCGGUCCCAUUCCACCGGAAUCCGCAGGAAUGACUGGAGUCCGACAGGAAUAG